GACACCUCAUCAUUUUUUUUCUUCUCUCUCUCAACCCUCACACCUCACACCUGGACCGUAAAGAUCCCAACAAACACAACCUCUUUUGCUAUACAGCGUACUCAUCGCAGCAACCAUGUUAUUCCAAGCGUCUCUACUACUUCUUCCAAUGUACCUUUUGCUGAUACAGUCCUUGCUAUUGCGCUCUGCCGAUGCAUGGGCACCAGUAGUCUCUCCUCGGCCAGUUCCGGUAGCAGCAUAUACUAGAGAGUUUGAGAGCCGUCUUUCUUCUCGAACGUGCCGUCAUUCUUCGACGAACUACCCAAGAAGAUCCCUUCUACUAAGAGCAGCCGAGGAAGAAGAAGGACAGUCCACAGACGACGACAAGUUGUCAACACUUGACAAGGAGUCUCUCAUCGAGAUGGAAUGCUUUAUCUACUCGCGCAAGGAUGCUACCGGUACUACCAAGCUGGAACUGGGUGUGCUGGAAGAAAGCGUCCUGCAACCAGUAUGUGCAUGGACCACGGAAGAAGCGUUUGAUGAUUACAUUGAGUUUGUAGUGGAUGAGGAAGAUCGAUAUUCCGUAAAGCUGGAAGAUGUGACUGUGCAUUCCUUGAUCCCCGCCGAUGAUCUCUCCUACGGGAGUCGACAAGUCGGUGGAGGCAAGGGACCUGGAAAUCCUCACGGAGAAGAAAGUGAACUGCUGUACUACAUUCGCAAAGAGGCAUUGGAGGGGAUUGAAGUGACGGUCAAACCAGAACUCGAAAUCACAUGGUAGUGGUCUUUUGUAGUAUUCUAUACAGUAUUUGGAAACGAAAACAGAGAAGAUGUAGCUGAUAUGCCCCCUGGGUCGUCUCCGUUUCCAGUACUAGUUUAACUUGUCUACUAAUACAGGAUAAUGGUGAAUAGAAUCGAAUGAAUCAUGUGGCCUAUAUUUAGGGUUUAGG